AGUGAGCAACGAAUGAGUUGGAUAUGAGUCGUUGCGCCCGCGACGCACAAGCUGCCUUCGACAACACCAUGACCCGAUAGCACAUAUUCCGCACCGCCUGUCCCUCAGCCAUGGAGACCGACGAAUUUACGACCAAAGAGCAGGUCGUCGACAAUGUGCCCAAGCGCAUCAAGUCGCUGCACUUCGGCCUGCUCAGUCCGCCAGAUGUGAUCGCACAGUCCGUUGUCAAUGUCGCCGACCGCAACCUCUACGACUUGGCUAUGACCCAAGGCGGCCCGCGCACUAUCACGAAGCAGGGUCCUUUAGAUUCGCGAUUGGGAACUUCAGCGAAAAAUGGGCAGUGUGGCACAUGCGGGCAAGGAUUGAAAGAGUGCAAUGGCCAUUUUGGACACGUGAAGCUGGCCCUGCCAUGCUUCCACUAUGGCUACCUCAAGAAGAUCAUCGAGAUCAUGAAUUGCAUUUGCAAAGACUGCAGCAAGGUGUUGUUGCCCGAGAAAGACAAGCGGAAUUAUCUCAAGUCUCUACGGCGACCAGGUCUUGACGGUCUACGGAAGGAUGUCAUCAUCAAGAAGAUAUCGGGAGAAUGCAGAAAGGUGAAGAAAUGCCCUCAUUGUGAGGCAUUCAACGGUCCGGUCAGAAAGGUUGCAGGACAUCCGAUCAAGAUGUUCCACAACAAAUAUGCCAUUUAUACCAAUUCGAAUGCGAAAAACAAGGUUAAACCGCCGGACAUGCAGGCGUUUGAGAGGACCUUCGAAGAGGCUAUCAAAGUGGACAAAGAGAUUGACCGACACAUGAAGCGGGUUGCAGACGAUCUGACGCCACUGCGAGUCCUGAACAUCCUCAAGAAGGUACCGAAUGCCGAUGUGGAGUUGCUAGGAAUGGAUCCUCACAGUGGAGGGCGGCCAGAGUACAUGAUUUGGACUCACAUCCCCGCGCCGCCCGUUGCUAUUCGGCCUUCUGUGGCUCAAGAGACAGCGAGCACUGAGGACGACAUCACCAACAAGCUAGGCGACAUCGUCCAGGUCAGCACCUUGAUGUCUGCUACGCUCAGAGCUGGUCAACCUCUGGCCAAGGUGAUGGACAUGUGGGAGUUCCUGCAGGUGCAAAUCGCCAUGUACAUCGACGGAAAUCUACCUGGCUUGGGCAGAGACAGUGCAUAUGGCAAAGCUAUGCGUGGCUUCUGCCAGCGGUUGAAGGGUAAGCAAGGUAGAUUCCGUGGCAAUCUCUCUGGUAAGCGUGUUGAUUUCUCUGGACGGACGGUCAUCUCGCCAGACCCCAAUUUAUCGAUCGAAGAGGUUGCUGUGCCAUCCCGUGUCGCAGUCAACAUGACAUAUCCGGAAAGAGUCACCAAACACAACUACGAAAAGCUCAAGGCAUGCGUAAGAAGAGGCGACAAGGUACACCCCGGCGCCAACUACAUCAUCAAAGGCCGCGAUAAUCGCAAACUCCACCUGAAAUUGGUCGGUCAAAAGGGAGAUCUGAAGAAGGUUGCCGAUCAGCUCGAGAUUGGCGAUGUGGUGGAGCGACAUCUUGAGGAUGGCGAUAUUGUACUCUUCAACCGGCAACCUUCUCUGCACAAACUGUCGAUUCUUUCACACAGAGCCAAAAUUCGACCUUGGAGAACAUUUCGGUUAAACGAAUGUGUUUGCAACCCAUACAACGCCGAUUUUGAUGGUGACGAAAUGAAUUUGCACGUUCCUCAAACUGAAGAAGCACGAACAGAAGCGACUGAGCUGAUGGGCGUCAAGAACAAUUUGGCCACGCCCAAGAACGGCUCACCCAUCAUUGCUGCUAUUCAGGAUUUUAUCACAGGCGCUUAUUUGAUCAGUCAGAAAGAUCGCUUCUUCAGCCGCAGACACUUUACACAUGUGGUCGGUUUCAUGUACAAUGGCAUGCAGGCAAAGGAUCCUUACACAGGUAAAGAGUAUCCUAUCGUGAUCCCACCGCCAGCCAUUUGGAAGCCACAGACGCUCUGGACAGGCAAGCAAAUCUGGAAUCUUCUUAUCAAGCCACAUCCGGACUAUCCUGUCAAUGUCAACUUAGAGGCACGGAUGAAGUCCUUCGCGCCUCCUUCCCGUCCCGGUGAGAUUCCAGACAUGGUUGACACUGAUUCGUACCUCGUCAUUCGCAACAGCGAGACAAUGUGCGGCGGUUACGACAAGGCGACCAUCGGCGAUGGCAAGAAAGACAGCUUGUUCUACGUCAUUCUCAGAGACUUCGGCGCAGACUAUGCUGCCGCUGCCAUGACCCGGCUGGCAAAGCUAUCUGCGAGAUGGCUUGGGGAGCAAGGCUUCUCCAUCGGUAUCAGCGACGUCUACCCUAGCGACAAGUUGACAAAGCGAAAACUUGCUCUCGUUGACGCAGCUUACAAGAAAUGUGACGAGAUCAUCCACAAAUAUAAGACUGGCAAACUGGAGCGCAGUGCCGGUUGUGACGAAGAACAGACGAUGGAAAUCAUGCUCUCAGGUAUUCUAAGUAAAGUCCGGCAAGAGUGUGGUGAUGCCUGUUUCGCUGAAUUGAGCAAGUAUAACGCACCCAUGACCAUGGCCAAGUGCGGUUCCAAAGGCUCGAACAUCAACGUCUCGCAAAUGGUUGCUGUCGUCGGACAGCAAAUUAUUGGCGGGAAACGUGUUCUGGAAGGUUUUCAGGAUCGAACGCUUCCACACUUCUUCAAAGCAAGCCCUGAUCCGCUCGCCAAAGGCUUUGUGUUUGACAGCUUCUUCACUGGCCUGACACCGACGGAAUUCAUUUUCCACGCCAUGUCUGGUCGUGAGGGUCUGGUCGAUACAGCUGUCAAGACUGCCGAGACUGGCUACAUGUCCCGUCGACUGAUGAAGAGUUUGGAAGAUUUGAGUGCACAAUAUGACCAGACGGUGAGAAACUCUUCUGGCGGUAUCGUGCAGAUGAAGUUUGGAGACGACGGACUCGAUCCAGUCGACAUGGAAGGCAAUGCCAAGCCAGUCAACAUGGAACGCACAUGGUCACACGCCAUCGAAAGCACCUGGAACAACAGUGAAGAGUGCAUGACUAAGGAGGACAUUGAGACCUGCACCCAUACCGUCCUCAACAAGGAGCGCGCCAAGUUGGGACGAUUUACCGACGAUGGAAUGGCCCUGGACUACAAAGAUGAUCGGCCGAUGAGCACUGAUCAGCUUGAGUAUUCUCGGCAAUUCCUGGACGACGUCACCAAUUUCAUAUUCCAGAAGGCAAACAAGAUGAUCAAGUCGCAGCAGCGCAUGAGCGCCAGUGACGCCGUAUUCAGGAUUACGCGAUCUGCACUUGAGAGGUUCUUGCAUCUCUGCGUACACAAAUUCGAGAAGUCCAAAGUGGAAGCCGGUCAUGCUGUAGGUGCCGUUGGUGCCCAGUCCAUCGGUGAGCCCGGUACGCAAAUGACCUUGAAGACUUUCCAUUUCGCUGGUGUCGCUGGUAUGUCCAUUACACAAGGUGUACCUCGUAUCAAGGAAAUCAUCAACGCGAGCAAGAUCAUCAGUACGCCCGUCAUUACCUGCCAUCUGGACUCUCCCUACGAAGACAUGGCUGCAAGAUUCGCAAAGGCAUUGAUGGAGAAGACGUACUUGGGCGAUAUCGUUGACUACAUCGAAGAUGUGUGGCACGCAAAUGGAUGCUACAUCAACAUGCGGGUUAACUGGCAACAAAUCGAGAAUCUGGGCCUUCGCAUCGGCAUGGGCCAUCUCCUUGACGCGAUUGAGCGGACCAAGGGAUACAAGACGCUUGGUGUUUCGGCGAGGAACUCCGGCAUGAAUCACAUUCGUGUUUCUGUCAACGCGCCGGAAAAGGAGCGUCCGAAGCGCAGCACGUCUACUGCCAAGGCGCGCAACGUCGACUCUGAUGGCUCUGAACUCAUGUUCGUCCAUAUCCACAACCUGAAGCGCAAGCUUCCCCAGGUCGUGGUCAAGGGCUACCCAGACGCACAUCGUGCCAUCAUCAAGAAAGACGACAAGAAAGACCACAAUGGCAAAGAACCCAUCUCCGUCUUUGUCGAAGGUUACGGUCUCAAGCAAUGCAUGACUACUGACGGCGUGGACGGCUACCGAACCAAAACCAACAAUGUCAUGGAAUGCCGUGAUGUUCUUGGUAUCGAAGCUGCCCGCAAGACCAUCAUCAACGAAAUUGAUGCCGUCAUGGGCAGUAUGGACAUCGAUCCUCGACAUAUGCAACUGCUCGCAGAUGUGAUGACAUACAAGGGUGAAGUUCUGGGCAUCACACGUUUCGGUCUCGCCAAGAUGCGUGAUAGCGUGCUGCAAUUGGCCUCGUUCGAGAAGACGCCCGACCAUCUGUUCGAGGCUGCUGCGAAGAUGAAGAAGGAUGACAUUGAAGGUGUUUCGGAAUGUAUCAUUAUGGGUCAGAGCAUGAGUGUGGGAACAGGCGCCAUGAAGGUCGUCCGCCCGCUGAACUUGGAAGGCACGGAAAAUGUGACGAGUACGACGAGCUUCAAAGGCGAGGUGAAGAGGGCCACGGCCACGAGGAAGGAGCGAUUGAGACAGCGGCGGACGGCUCUAAUGCCAGAGAUGACCAAUGGACAUGCCACCGUCGCUGCUGCUGCUGGAUAG